GGUUAAGUUACUUGUUGACCUAGAUUAUAUCUAAUGUUUUCUACUACUAACGAUCAACGCCAGCAGCAGCAGCAGCAACACGAAGAAGGACAGCAGCAUCUCCAGCUCCAACAGGGAUUUGGUAUUCUGCAGGCGUCGUCGUCUUCUGACCCUCAACACUAUCAACAAUCUAUUACUGCCACUUCUCCACUGACGACAGCACGCCCAUCACUUACACUCAACUUUGAUGAUGAUAAUGAUCUACUCCAGUCGCCUUGUGACAGUCCUAAGCUCACUCCACCGAGUCCAGCAACAACUGCAUCUACUGGCUUGGAGUGCUCAUCACUGAGUGAUGAUAGUGGAUAUAGCACAAGUGCAAGUAGCAGUAAUUUCUGUAGUCUAAGCCCUCUACCGGCAGCACCUGCGCCUGCAUCUCCAUUAUCAACAACCACCACCUCGGUGGGAGCACUACCGCCACCACCUCCCACAAGUGGACCUACCCGGACUAAAUCUGAGAAACUUGAAGUGGAGAAUGCUGUCUUAACUAACGCAUGUUUAGGCCUCUUAGAGCUGCUUAACAGCCAACGAGGAGCAGGAGGAAGCGGCAAUUCAGAAGCUGCCAAUGCUGCAUAUAAUGCACUGCUUUCCCGUGUGAAUACUAAUUCUGCUAUCCCUACUGCAGCAUGCACGUCAAACAAUGUAUAUACGCCAAGCUUGAGCCCGUGCGAUAGCAUAUCUGCGUCUGCUUUUGCAACGGGUGCUACCGCUACUACUACUACUACUUCCACCACCAAUACUGAUUAUCCUACUAUGUCUACUAACUCCAUUGGUAAUCUCCAAGCGCCACAAUACGGCAGUAUGAUGCCGAACAGUCAUCAGCAGCAGCAGCAGCAGAGCAACAAGCAAGUACAACAACAGCAACCCACUCUCGCUGCGCCCAUGCCGACAUUUACCUUCCCAGGAGCCACUGGUAUCCCGCGAUCAUCGCAAGUGGGGGGUCGAUUGAAUAACCUUGGUAGCAGCAAUGUUGGUACGAAUAUGAGCUGUUAUGGUCGGAGAAAGAGUUAUGGCGCGCCCCCUGGUGUUUGGAGAAAUCCUUAUGGUUAUGUAAGUACUGUAUAUGUAAAUAAGAAAAGAGUUUAUGGCCCGUUGAGGAAGACCAUAGAGGAUGCCUCAAGAGACCGUGAGGCGAUGGUCCAAGCUAAGGAGUAUGUCACAAGUGUUGAAGAGAUGAGAGCUUUCGUGCGUGAGUUCCUUAAACCAAAUCCGCAUGGUGGUGUCGCGGAAUCGGCAGUUCUCCCCAACCUACCGGCUUUGGAAGAAGAAAUGCUAGUUACUCUUUAAUGCUCCUCCUUAACGUUUCUCAUCGUCUCUUCACUAAUUUUGCUAGUUCCACCAUACUUAUAGUACUCCCUAAUGUACUAUUGGUUUCUAC